AUGAAUCGUCUUAUAGAGGAUAUUUUCUUGGAUGUUAACAAUGCUAUUAAUAUAGAACGUGAAAUCGAGAAUAUGGAUAUAAAGGAUCAAAACGACCAACGUGCAAUUGGUUGGUCACACGACGCUUCUCCAGCAAAUGAGGGUCAAGUUCAAUACUUUGGCCUCCAUUUAUUAAUUAUUAAAGUAAAUAGCUCUGAUCGUGCCGUAGGAUUCGGGGAGAUUGUUGGAAAUGCCUGCUAUCAUGACGAUAAAAAAAAUGACGGAAGUAUGCACCUUCCUUAUUACAACGAAAGGGACAAAGAAAAUGAGGACGAAGGACCAAGAAAUAAUUACAUCGACUUAACUGAAUUCAACGUCAGCUCAGUUUGCACCAUUUUUGAUAUUAUUAAGAGAUGUAGUUCACUCAUGACCGUUUGCAUAUUGCCACCGCAUUGGAGUGUUAGCAUUAAUAUAUUCAGUAGAAAUACAUGUUCCAUUUCUACUACUAGUAAAUUGCCUUGCAUUCUCAAUUGUAAGAGGUCUAUUGUCUUCGCAAUAUGGGCAUCAUGA